AUGCUUUAUUUUUUUCAUGAGGUUUCGCGAAAGAACACAAAUCGCCGCAAAAAUCGACCGGGUGAGCCGCGAAAAGGCGAAAAACGUCGAAAAACGUGCAGCUCGUCGCCACAGCCCACGCAGGAAAUGGAUCCAGAAGACCGGAACUCUCGUCAUGCCGACAUUGGUUCCAGCAGCCCCCUUAGCAAGAAGAACUUCCACAAGACAUUUAUGAAGGACGUGACUGCGGAGUUGGCCAGAAUAGCAACGUCCGUCUUCGUGAGAUCGGACUCGACUGACCCUGGAACUCGUCAAAAUGAAGAAGAAAUCGAUGAGGGAGAGGUUCUCUAUCACAAGCAUAAUGCGGUGACUAUGAACAAGAAGAAGCAGAUGAAAAAGCGUCGUGAGCAGGAGAGUUAGCAACGUGUCAUUCGAAGACUUACGAUUGUCAAGGAGCAACAGGAUGCUGAGGAGGCAGAGGUGAAGGCGAUUCGGGAGAAUGCUGCUCGUAAGCAAGCUGCUGCUACUGGACAAGUUGAAGAAGUUGAGAAUCAGAAGGAGAAGAAUAGACAGAUUGCGAUUAAUCGGGAUAGAGAUCUGAAGCGUGCCAACGAAGAAUGGGGUACAACUGAAGCCUCGAAGGCGAUAGAGGAAAAUCCGCGGAUCGUGGUGGCUUCCGUGGAGGUGGCGAUCGAGGAGGCUUCAGAGGACUUUCAACAGAUCCUGGUGGAGGUGGAGGCUUCCGUGGUAGAUCAGAAGACCGCGAUGGAGGAUUUAGAGGGGGAUUCGGUGGAGACCGAGGAGGCUUUAAAAGACGUGGAGGCGAUCGAGGAGGAUUCAGAGGACACGACAGAGGUGGUGGCUUCCGUGGUGGGCGAGGUGGAGACCGAGGCGGUUUCCGUGGUCGUCGUUAAUUCUGAUAUCAGUUGCUGUUUUUGCAAUUUGUUGUUUCUCUGUGUUCUCCAUUUUUAUUAUUAUGUUCGUUAUUGUUAUCAUUAUAAUCAUGAAUAUAUCAGACUGUUUACUCAAAACCAAGAAUCUAGCAGAAAAUCGCAGGAAAAAUUUGGGAUUUAA